AUGGAUGCAAUCAAGGGCCAGAAUGAUCAAGUUAUCGCAUUAGCCUAUGUCAACAAUGUGAGCUAUGGUCAGCGAAUUUUGCAGUUUUUUCGCUCUUCCGAAUUCGCUGGGAUCAGUCGUGAAGCCGGUCGGAACUGUCAGUCCGCUUUCGAUCGCGUGAUGUCGGUCGGAGCCGAGCGAAUUCAUCUGCGACGUGGUUGCCGUAUUUUAUUGCACUGGCGUGAAUCGUCGCUGGCUGCAGCAGCGGCCGAGGUGAUGGUCUACAACGAGGGUCGCAAGAAGUGGCAAGCUCCGGAUGGCGGUGAUGGACAGAUAUCCACUGUUCAGAUUCUGCACAACACCACACGGCGAACGUUUCGAAUCAUUGCGAUCAGAGAGCAGGAUGGAGCCUGGCUGUUGAACUGCAAUAUUCACCACAAACUCAAAUAUCACACUGCUACGCCGACCUUCCAUCAAUGGAGGGACGAGCAACGACAGGUGUAUGGUCUGAAUUUCUCCUCAGAAAAAGAAGCCCGUGAUUUCGUAUCCGCAGUCGGUCAAGCGAUUGACUAUCUUAAUCACCAAUUUCUACACAGCGGGGAAUACCAGGUCCCAAACGGUGUGCUUUCUACAGUUUCUUUUUUGCGUGAUUUGAGGUUGGCAAGUCGUGACAUUACGCUCAUACACCUGAACAAACUUUUAGUACCAAACAUAGUCGCUAAGCUAUCGAAAUGA